AAUAUCUUAUUGUGCCCAAAAAUAUCAUGUUGAUGUUACAAAAUACAAACUCCUCAAGAUCACCAGAACUUUCGAACCAAAAUAUCUCAGCUCACAAAAACUAAAAUAUCUUGUUAUAUUUAUCAAAAAUCACAUUUCUUCCGGAACCUUCUUGAAGGCUGAAGCUUCAUUUGUUUUAUUCCCUAGAACCCAAUAGAACCUUUUUCCACCUCAUACAUAUUUCUCUCUGUCCAUGUGCCUACUGAUAUUUUUGACAAAACAAAGUCCCUUUAGACCCCACUUUAUCACCGACUUUAAAGAAUUCUGUUUUUAUACAAAUGUUUUCCUUAACACCCUUUUCAUGUCACAGGUUCUUGAUUUUGAGAUUUUAAGAAAAGGGGUUGUUAAAGAUUUGAUUUUUAUAACAAAAAAUAUUGAAUUUUGGAGGAUACCCUUUUUGCUUAUUUGUUGGAAUUUGGUGAUUUUAGAAAAAAGGGGUUGUUAAAGAUUUGAUUUUUUUUGACAAAAUAUUGUCAUUGGAGGAUACCCUUUUGGUUGUUUGGUGUUAUUUUGGGGUUUGGUGAAUGGAAAUGGAGUUUAAAGAAAGUUUGCCUUCAUAUUAUAGUGUCCUUGGUGUAAAUGUUGGUUCUUCUGAUGAAGAGAUUAGACGUGCUUAUAGAAAGCUAGCAAUGCAAUGGCACCCUGAUAAAUGGACUAGGACACCAUCAUUGUUAGGUGAAGCUAAAAGGAAGUUUCAACAAAUUCAAGAAGCUUAUUCAGUGUUAUCGGAUCGAAAAAAGAGAAUGAUGUAUGAUGCUGGCAUGUAUGAUCCUGAUGAAGAUGAGGAUGAGGGGUUUGAUGAUUUUCUACAAGAAAUGGUAUCUUUAAUGGAAGAGUCAAGGAAAGAGGAGAAAAGUUAUAGUAUGGAUGAGUUACAAACCAUGUUUUGGGAGAUGGCUCAAGGAUUUGAGACUUGUAAUUGGACUAGUUUUUCUCAACAGAAACAGAACUUUGAGUCUCCACAAUGGUUUUGUGGUAGUUCUAUGGCUUAUGAUGGAUCAAGAACAGCUCAAUUGAACGCGAAUUUCGCAGACAUAGAUCCCUUCUUCGGUUCCUCAACAAUGCAGAUGCAAGGGGCUAACCGUUUCUGCAGAUAAUAAUAAUGAAGGUUCUUCAAGAAGGUAGCUCAGCAAGGACACAUAUUUUGCAGAAGUUCCAAUGUUGAAGUGUAGCAAAUGUUCAUAUGAAGUGCUACAAAUUUUGAUCUUGUGGAUGGAUGUGAUCAUAUCAGGACUGAACAAGUCAUUUUUUGGUUUUGAACUUCAACAAAAAUAUGUGGAUUCUCAGUUUUUCUUUUGUAAAUACAAGUGGAAUGGAACUUUUGUUUAUUGUUGUCACUUUGGUUGAGAUUUUUGUGGAACUUGGAAGUAUGUUUGGUUUUGUGUAGUGUA